ACCUCACAAGUGUGGGUAUUAAAUUACAAUUAACCUUUAAAAAAUCAAUAUUUUUUUGACAUUAAGCUGUAUUUUCCCAAAAAUAUUAAAAUAAAAAAGAAAAAGAGAUUUAUAGGAUCUAUCAUGUCGAGACGGAGAGAAGAGAGUCAGAAAUCUCAAGGACUCAACGCUGCCACGUAAAACCCCGAUGUUUCAGUUCUCCGACACCAACCCGAAAUAGCCGGAAAAUCCAAAGGAUAAAUCCCCCAAAACCGCAAUAGUAAAAAAUGAUUUCCACCUCAACCUUAUCCUUGUCGAACAUCCCGCCCACGCCGUCGCCGGCCGCCAUCUCCGACCUAAAACCGAUCUCCCCGACCGCCUCCCCCGACCCUCCGUCUUCGCCGGAUUCUCUCUCGCGCCGCAUCAAAUCGAGCCCGCAGCUGAACCGUUGGUCCAGGGCUCGCGCCGUACGGUCCGGCCGGAAAUUGAGCCGCCCGGUGGAGAGAUCUGCCGAUGAGAUGACUGCCUCCGACUCUCCGGCGAGGCUGGUCUCCGACGGUGGUGGGAGUGAGCUCUCGCCUCGCAACGAUGGCGGGCGUGACGGCGAGCCGUUAGCCGCCGCUAAGUCGAUAUACAUGGUUUCUGACGGCACGGGGUGGACGGUGGAGCACUCCGUUACCGCCGCGUUGGGGCAGUUCGAGCACUGCUUGGUGGAUCGGGUCUGCCCGAUUAGUACCCAUUUGUUUUCGGGGAUCGAUGAUGUAGAUCGAUUGAUGGAGGUGAUCGCGCAAGCCGCCAAGGAGGGCGCCAUGGUGGUCUACACUCUUGCCGAUCCUUCAAUCGCCGAAUCAGCGAGGCAAGCAUGCGUGCUGUGGGGCGUCACAUCUCUCGACGUGCUAAGCCCAAUAACCGAAGCAGUCGCCUCCCACCUCGGCGUCUCACCCUCCGGCCUCCCCCGCUGGGCUCCGGGGCGGACCACCCCGCUCGGGGAGGACUACUUUCGCAGGAUCGAGGCCAUUGAAUUCACCAUCAAGCAGGACGACGGAGCCCUGCCCCGAAACCUCCACCAGGCCGACAUCGUCCUCACGGGCGUGUCCCGCACCGGGAAGACACCGCUGUCCAUAUACCUCGCCCAGAAGGGGUACCGGGUGGCGAACGUGCCGAUUGUAAUGAACGUGCGCCUCCCGGAGACCCUCUUCGAGGUCGACCCGGAGAAGGUCUUCGCCCUCACGAUCAACCCCGUUGCGUUGCGGACAAUCAGACGGGCGAGGGCCAAGACCUUGGGGUUGAGUGAUAGUAUGAUGAGUUGCAGCUAUUCGGAGAUGGACUAUGUCAAGCAAGAGCUUGAGUUUGCUAGCAAGAUUUUUCAGCAGAAUCCCAUUUGGCCUGUGAUAGAGGUUACAGCGAAAGCGAUUGAAGAAACUGCUGCGAUUGUGCUGAGGCUUUACCAUGAUAGGAAGAAUAGAUGUUCGAUGCCUAGGAUUUCGAAACGAUACUAAUUUUUCUCUUUAUUUUACUAUGAAAUGCGUAAUAAAUUGUCAGAACUUUGUAAGUUUUGAAAAUGGGAUAUUGGCCGUAAAUAUACAAAUCUUUAGUCCA